CAGUUUCCAGCGGCGUUUUGCAGACGAACCGCUAUCCCAAAUUCGAACCGAGCUGGUACGCACGCCGCUGUCUCUCUCUCUCUGUCCCGUCCCGUUCGUUUCCAACACGAAAAAAGCGGCAAGGUUUACUUCUAUUGGCCUAUCUAUCUUGCUUUGGGAAGAAGAAAAAAGCAAGUUUUAGAACCCUAAAUCCCUAGUUGGAGGUCUGGUUUCUCCUCAUUUCCCCCCUCUUACUUCUUUAGAAGUGGAGCCAGAGACUUAGCUACAGAGAGGAGGCAGCGAAGCCGUUCUGUUUGAGCUCCUUCAUUAGUUCCCUCCCUCUUCUUCUGCCACGAUGAACGACCUCUUAACGGAGUCGUUUGAAAUCCCUCGGGAUCAGGGUUCCAGACCUGCUGAUAUUGAGAUGGGAAUGACCUCUGGGGAAUUGGGGUUGGAGAAUUUCUUUAAAAAGGUUCAAGAGAUUGAGAAACAAUGUGAAAAGCUCGAUAAGCUACUUAAAAAGCUCCAGGAUGCGCACGAGGAGUCCAAGGCUGUGACUAAGGCUCCUGCCAUGAAAGCAAUCAAGCAGCGAAUGGAGAAAGAUGUUGAUGAAGUUGGAAAGAUUGCUCGAUUGACUAAAGCAAAAAUUGAAGCACUUGACAAGGAGAAUUUAGCAAAUCGUCAAAAGCCAUCGUGCAGGAAAGGAACUGCAGUUGAUCGAUCAAGAACUUCAACAACAGUUUCGUUGAAGAAAAAGUUCAAAGACAAGAUGGCUGAAUUUCAGUCUCUAAGAGAAAUGAUCCAGCAAGAGUAUCGUGAAGUUGUGGAGAGACGCGUAUUCACAGUGACGGGUACAAGAGCAGAUGAAGAGACAAUUGACCAAUUGAUUGAGACCGGAGAUAGUGAACAAAUUUUCCAGAAAGCAAUUCAUGAACAAGGGCGAGGCCAGGUAAUGGAUACCCUGGCAGAGAUUCAAGAGCGUCAUGAUGCAGUCAGAGAUCUAGAAAAAAAACUAUUGGACUUACAACAAAUCUUCUUGGAUAUGGCAGUGCUGGUGGAUGCACAAGGCGAUUUGCUCGACAACAUCGAAUCACAUGUAUCGACUGCAGUAGAUCAUGUACAGUCAGGGAAUACUGCUCUCCAAAGGGCAAAGUCGUAUCAAAAGAGCUCUCGGAAAUGGAUGUGCAUUGCCAUCAUAGUCCUUCUCAUCAUCGUUGCCUUCAUUGUAGUGGGAGUACUCCGGCCGUGGACUAACAAGAGUGGUGCUUAAUAUCUUCAUGUUUUAUUACGUGUUGAUGCCUGUGUCGAUUGUACAAUAUGUUCGUCACCACAUUUAGCGACUUUGUUUGGAACCCCAUUCCGGAAGUUGUUUCAAAAUCUGAAGAAGAGUUGUCUUUUUCAUAAUCUUAGUGAUUAGUGAUUACUCUGUAGUUGUGAAAAUCUCUUUGUGUGCUCAUUCAACUCUGCAGAUAAAUUUUCUGUUUGUAAAAAUGGUACCGUGAUAGUAUACAUAUUCUCGCUGCCCCAUCAAUUGGAUGACAAUUUGCC